UUCUCAUUUGUGAAUUAGUCUUGGUCAACUCAACACAUGUAGAUAAUUUAUCAUUAUAUAUAAAAUUAAUUUAAACUUAUAUAAUAAUUAAUAAUUAAUUAUUAGGUGAUUCAACGAAUUAAAAAAAAUAAAAUUUUCAUUGCAAUGUUCAGUGUUUUUCACUGAUUUAAAUAAAAGCAUGAAGUGGCUUUCAGUUUUAUUAUUUAUUCUGAUACAACAAUGCACCGUUGGAUUAUCAUCAAAUAAAUCAAAAUGUCCGACAAUUUCAAUUCAAAAUGGCAAGGUUCAAAUUAGAAGAGGAAAAAUUAUAAAAUUUGAUUGUUUGAAUAAAUUUACACUUGUUGGCAACAAAUAUUCUACAUGUGUACGAGGAGAAUGGGAUACACCAGCUCCAGUUUGCAUCAAUGCUGUUCCUCCAAUAUAUGAAAUCUUGUUAAAUAUAUAUUUUUGUGAACCAAAUUACGAGCUUGUUGGUGCACCAGAAAUUUAUUGUAAUGGAAAACAAUGGAAUGAUACUACACCCUAUUGUCGAGAUACAACUGCAAUGGCUCCACUAAAAUGUGACUUUGAAAAAACUGAUUUAUGCUGGUGGGAACAAGAUCCAAAGCAUGAUUUUGAUUGGCAACGACAUAAUUUUGAAACACCAAGUUCUCGUAUUGGCACAGGACCUACACAUGAUCAUACACUUGGUGCAGGAAACAGUGGAUAUUAUCUUUAUGUUGAAGCAUCCGGUAGACUUGAAAAUGACACUGCAAGAAUUAUAUCGCCUUUGUAUUAUUCCAAUCUGACUACUAAUGGAUGUUUUUCUCUGUGGUAUCACAUGUAUGGCUCGACAGUUGGAAGCUUACGUGUUUAUUUUAGGCCUGAGAUAAGUAGUGAAAAUCCAAGACUUAUGUUUGAAAAGCACGGUAAUCAAGGGAAUAAUUGGUACCAGGGUAUUUUUAAUUUACCACCAAGCAACGUUAGUUUUCAGAUAAUAAUUGAGGGAGUACGAGGUUCUAGUUAUGUCAGUGAUAUGGCAGUUGACGAUGUGGCUAUUCUUCAGGGUGACGAGUGUCGAGAUGCCGAAAAAAAAAUUUCAGCUACAACUGUUCAAUCUAUUACUGAACAAGAUGAUCAAGUUGAAAUUGUCAAUGCCAUGCAAAGUUGUUAUGGAAGAUGUGGUGAUAGUCAAAAAAUCAACACUUGGACGUCAAUGAGUCCAAUGACAUCACCGGAUAUAUGCCAGUGUACGAUUGAUUGUGCUGAUAAUUCAACGUGCUGUCCUGAUUUUUCCGAAUAUUGCGUUCUAGGAUUCUCAGAUGGAUCGUCAGUUGAUACAUCAACGAUAAUAAAUUCAGAGCCACUUCCACCAGAACCAAAAGACGGAAUUGAUCCAAAUGUAACUCAACCACCAGUUAAAUCAACAAGUGAAAAGCCAACAUCAACAACUACUCAAAAAUCCACGACUAAACUAGUGUUAACAACACCAACAACAACGACAACAUCAACGAAACGACCUCCUAAGACAAUAACAUCAACAACAAAAGGACAAAUUCAAACAGUAUCACCUAUUGUCAUUGCAACGACUAUCAAGUAUCAUGAUCAAACGCAAACCGAGUCAAAUUUAAUCGUUGAAAAAAUUCAAUAUAAUAAUAAAAAAUCAUCAAUGACAAUUAUUAUAUUUAUUGUUGUACCAAUUGCAACAAUGAUAAUUGCUGUUAUUAGUAUAUUUAUAAUUACACAAAGAAAAAAAAUAUAUAAAAAAAAUUCGAGUAAAAUAAAUAGUUCAGCAUUACCAGAGGAUAGUGAUGUACGGUUUUUAACAUCCGAUGAAGUGCUUGACUUUAAUCUUGCACGAAUGCCGGAAGAUUAUAAUGAACUCUAG